AUGAAUGGAGACACGGACCAGGUGAACUGCCCAACCAGCAGGGACCUCAGGUCUCUAGUCCUUGGGUCCCUCUCCCAGCCUGUGCUGACUCAGCCGCCCUUUCUUGCUGAGUCUCCGAGUGCAUCAACCAGACUCACCUGCACCCUGAGCAAUGGGAACAGUGCUGGCAGCUGUAUUAUAAGCUGUUACCAGCAGAAGGCAGGGAGCCCUCCCCGGUAUCUCUUGAGCUACUACUCAGACCCAAUUAAGCGCCAGGGCUCUGGGGUUCCGAGCCGCUUCUCUGGAUCCAAAGAUGCCUCAGCCAAUGCAGGGCUUCUGCUCAUCUCUGGGCUGCAGCCCGAGGAUGAGGCUGACUAUGACUGUUCUGCAGUGUCCAGCAGCGGGUCCUGGGCCCAGUCUGUGCUGACUCAGCCGCCCUCCAUGUCUGGAUCCCUGGGCCAGAGGGUCACCAUCUCCUGCACAGGAAGCAGCAGCAACAUCGGGGGUGGUUAUGGUGUUCAGUGGUUCCAACAGCUCCCAGGAACAGCCCCCAAACUACUCAUCUAUGGUAACAGCAAUCGAGCUUCGGGGGUCCCAGACCGCUUCUCUGGCUCCAAGUCUGGCAGCUCAGCGUCCCUGACCAUCACUGGGCUCCAGGCUGAUGACGAGGCUGACUAUUACUGUGGACGUUAUGACAACAGCCUCAGUGGUCGCACAGUACUCCAGGAUGCUGGGGAAUCCUUGUCAGCAGAAACUUGA